AUGGAUGAGUACGUCAACGGCUACAACGGCUACGGCGGCUACGGCUCUUCGAGGAAGUGUGAUCGUUACAGACGGAAAAUUUCACGUGACGAUAGCGACAGCAGCUACGAUGACGGUCAUCUGCUAAGUUGGGAUCAAGUCAUGUGCCAUGCAUUGAGUGACAACCGCCGAGAUGUGGUGCUCGCAUUGGCAUAUCGGCAUCCGGAGACCCUCCGUGCACGGUGCUCUAUGUACAACUCUGUGCUCGAUUAUGCCAUCCACAGGAACUCGGACCUCGUUGAGCCGUUGCUUCAGGCCGGGGCUUUCGUCUCGGACAGGCUCAUGGUAGACGUGGCUUGCAACCCCCCGUCGUGGAAUCCGCGCAGGGACUCGGGCUACCGAUCUGACUCGGACUACGGGUCUGACUCGAGCCUUUUGGUAUUGUUUCUGCGGCUCAACAAGGGCGACCCCAAUGCCAACUACAAUGGCAAGCAUCCCAUGAAUUGUGCUGCGUCGAAGUGCCAUGCAUCUGAGGUGCAAAUGCUUCUGGAAGCCGGGGCCUAUGUCGAUGCGAGGGAUCGGCAGGGCUUCACGCCGCUCUUGGAUGCUUUGGCGGGAGGCUGCGACUCCUUGGCCGAAGAGCUCAUCAACUACGGCGCAGACAUCCAAGUGCAAACCGACACUGGGGAGAACGCGCUGCAAGUUGCCUGCCUGAAGUGCAGCGAGAAUGCCGCGAACUCGUUGCUGCAGAAGGGCAUUCAUGUCGACCACAAAGACCAGAAGGGGAGGACGGCUUUGGAGUCUGCAGCUUUCCACGGCUGCGUGGGGAUUGUCUCUGCCUUGCUUGACAAUCCUUUCACAAAUGUGAACGACGCCGACAGUUCAGGCCGGACUGCGCUCUUCGUGGCACUUGAAGCACGUGGCCCAGGGGCUGUCAUCAACAUGCUCUUGGAGAAGGGUGCUGAUGUGAAUCACGAGGAUGACCACGGCAUGACCCCGUUGAUGGUGGCAGCAACAGCGGGCAAGGACUGCCAGGUGCUGUUGCAGCACGGUGCCGACGUUGCCAAAGUGGAUCGAGCUGGCAACACGGCUUUGUGGUAUGCGGCCAGCGCCGGCUCUGCUCACUCAGCUGGUUCGCUGCUGCAAGGAGGCGCCGGGCCCUUGGUGAAUAAGCCCGGGGCGCUGGGGAAAACGCCGCUGGCCAUCGCAUCCUGGAACACACACCCUGAGGUUGCCCAGGUGUUGGUGGAGCACGGCGCGGACGUCAACGUGAAGGAUGCCUACGGACAAGUUCCUCUGAGCCUGUCCACUCAGUUCACCAAGCACCUCAACCCUUCGGACAAGCCAGUCAGGACGCCGCAAUCCAUUGAGACUGUGGACCAGUGGACCGCGAGACAGCAUGCGCUAAUGGGUGUCUUGAAGGUCUUGGUGGGUGCCAGGGUGAAUCUGGACAUCUACGACUUCGAAGGCUUCACGCCCCUACUGAAUCUCUUGAGGUAUCAGAAGAACGGGUGGGGAGUUCCGGCCCAGGCCGAAGCCUUCAGCCAGGCUGCGCAGUCCAACGCAAACUUCCUGUUGGCAUCCGGCGCCAACCCCAACAUGGCCAGCAGAGAUUAUCACAUCUCGCCACUGGCAUUUUGUGCCUACAACGGUUACCCACAGACAGCACAGCUACUUCUUCAGCGGGGCGCCGACAAGUACGCCAAGAAUGCUGCCGGCAAAACGCCUGCACAGCUCUGUGGAGGUGGAGCUGGGCAAUUGCAGGUGGCGCAAAUGCUGCGGUGA